UUCAGAAACCAAACAAAAUCUAAAUUACAAAAUACAAAAAUCCAAUACCCGACUUUCCACGCCUUUCUUUUUCCUCUGUUCGAUGAUCCUGAAACAAAACGGCCCGGGUCGCCGGAUUCUUACGUUCCCGGCGGUGUAUCCCUGCGAGAGCAUAGACCCAACGACGUUGCUUGCCUCGCUCACCAAUCUAGCCCUCCACAUUUGUGAGUAUAAAUCCAAAUCUUUCUCUACCAAUGCACCAAACGCGAGCAAAACGAUUCGCAUAGUCAGCAGCAUUCUCCUAUUCCUCGAGGAAAUGCGACACGUUGUCGGUUCGGGCAUACCUGAUUCGGUUGUUCUAAGCUUGUCGGAGCUCCAUUUGACGUUGCAGAAGGUUCGGUACUUGCUAGAAGAUUGUACCCGGGAAGAUGCUCGUCUAUGGAUGUUAAUGAAGUCGGAUUCGGUAGCGAAUCAGUUCCGGGUGCUUUGCCGGGCCUUGUCCGCCGCUCUGGAUGUUUUGCCACCCGGGUUGCUUGAUGUGCCUAGCGAAGCGAAGGAGUUGCUUGAGUUGGUAACGAGUCAAGCACGGAAAUCAAGAUUUGAAGUAGACCCAGAUGAUGAACGGGCAAUCAAAGAUGUUUUCUUGAUCUUGAACCUGUUCGAAAAUGGUGUUUUUCCUGAUAGGAGUGAUAUCAAACGGGUUUUGGAUUACAUUGGGGUCCAACAAUGGAGCGAUUGCAAUAAAGAAGUGAAGUUAUUGGAUGCAGAGAUUGAAUUGGAUUAUUCAAACGAAGAGAAGAGAAGAGAAAUGUCGUUUUUAAGUAGCUUGAUGGGGUUCAUGAGCUAUUCAAGAUGCGUAUUGUUCGAUUCUAUCGAUACCAAAGUCACCCAACAACAGCAGCUUUAUAGUAGAUGCGGCAGCGAGUUGCUUAGCUGCCUUAACGGCGAUGAUUUUCGAUGCCCUAUAUCGCUUGAGGUCAUGAAAGAGCCUGUCACGAUAGAGACAGGGCAUACUUAUGAUCGAUCUUCGAUAUUGAAGUGGUUCAAGUCUGGAACUCCCACUUGUCCAAAAACGGGCAAGAGACUUGGAUCCACAGAAUUAAUCCCAAAUUUAGUGCUUAAGGGGCUAAUUCAACAAUACUGCUUCCGAAAUGGAAUCCCUUUUGCCGAGUGUAGUCACAAGAAUCGUGACAUAACCAGGACGGUUCACCCAGGAAGUUUGGCAUUUGAGGGAGCUGUGAGAUUGGUAGCUGAUUUUCUUUCUGAUAAGCUUGCAAAUGGAGAUGGUGAAGAGAGGAAUAAAGCAGCCUAUGAAAUUCGGCUUCUUAGCAAAGCAAGCAUUUUUAAUCGGUCUUGCUUGGUGGAAGCUGGUGUGAUCCCACAUCUAUUGAAGCUGUUGUUGUCUAAAGAAUCUUUGUCUCAAGAGAAUGCCAUUGCAGGUUUAUUGAAUCUUUCGAAGCAUUCGAAAAGCAAAGCUGCGAUUGUUAAGAAUGGAGGACUGGAACCGAUUGUGGAUGUUUUAAAGAAGGGGUUACAGAUGGAGGCUAAGCAGCACGCUGCUGCUACGUUGUUUUACCUUGCUUCGAUAGAGGAGUAUAGGAAAUUGAUUGGAGAGAGUACUGAGGCUAUACCAGCUUUACUACACUUAAUUAGGGAAGGACAUGAUCGUGCCAAGAAGAAUGCAUUGGUUGCGGUAUAUGGAUUGCUUAUGCACCCUGACAACCAUUGGAGGGUUCUUGCAACCGGAGCAGUUCCUACACUUCUUUCUCUUUUGACAUCUUCUGAAAGAGAAGAAUUAGUAACAGAUUCUUUAGCAGUUUUAGCUAGUCUAGCAGAAAAAGCUGACGGUGCUAGGGCAAUUCUGCGAUCUGGAGCCUUGCCUCAAAUUGUGCGGAUUUUAGAUUCCUCCACUUCAAGGGCAGCAAAGGAGCAGUGUGUGGCUUUGUUGUUGGCUUUAUGCAUCAAUGGCGGUACAAAUGUGGUAGCCCUUUUGCUCAAGAGCCCUUCUCUCAUGGGAUCGUUAUAUUCCCAACUGAAUGAAGGCACGUCUCGAGCAAGCAAGAAAGCAAGUUCUGUCAUCAGGAUCCUUCAUGAAUUUUAUGAAAGGAACUCCUCUGGCUCAAAGACCUCAGUUCUCCCUCAAGAACGAUUUAUUCACGUGUGGUAACCCAAGUUUUUUCGGGAAUUCCAUCGUCAUUUCUAUGUUUUCUUGCAAGCAUGCUUCCAUGUAAAUACACUCAAUCUUCUUCCUUUCUUUCGUAUUUGAUUUUCUGAUAUUAGCUUAGUUUUUUGAAAAGCUAAUAUCUACAUUAGCUUCUGUUUUUGGGUGAAGCUAUGUACAAACAAAUCAUCCUGUUGUAAUUCUUUUUCCAGAUUUAUAACAAUAAUACUGUGUUACAUUGUUGUAAAAAUAAUUCAUCAAAAGAUGCAAUAAAAGCAUGAAUUUUGUUA